AAACUUUAUAAAUAAACGUAUUGUCGAGUUGAUAUUAAUUCAUUCUGAGAGUAGAAUGGCAGCAAAUAUGGCAGAACUGAAUACGGGAAACAAAAUGCCUGUAGUUGGGCUUGGAACUGGCGCUCCAGCUGUCCAGUAUGAGGAGAUCAAGGCUGCUGUCCAUGCGGCUCUUAAGAUUGGAUACCGAUUUUUUGACACCGCGAGCUGUUAUGGGUCAGAAGGUGCGUUAGGAGCAGCUCUCACAGAAGCUUUCCAAAGCGGUGUUGUGAAGCGGGAGGAAGUGUUUGUCCUCACUAAACUGUGGGAUGAUGAACAUGACGAUCCUCUUGCUGCUAUCACCAAAAGUCUCAAAAAUUUGCAGUUGGAAUACUUAGACUUGUAUCUAUUGCACUGGCCUGUAAGGUUGAGGAAAGGACAUACCCUUCCACCAAAGGAGGAAGACUUUUUGCCUCUGGAUAUCAAAUCUACAUGGCAAGGCAUGGAAAAAUGUUUUGAAUUGCGUCUCACCAAAGCCAUUGGUGUGAGCAAUUUUUCCUGUAAAAAAAUUGAAGAUCUGUUGAAAUAUGCCAAAAUUCCUCCUGCUGCCAAUCAAGUAGAGAUGCACCCAAUGUGGCAGCAGAAAAAGCUAAGAGAGUACUGCAGUAAGAUGAAAAUUCAAGUAUGUGCAUGGUCUCCUCUCGGAGCUCCAAAAACUCCAUGGGGAUCCAACGCGGUGAUGGACAGCCCUGUGAUUAAGGAAAUUGCUCAAAAGCAUGGAAAGUCUAUAGCACAAGUUGUGUUGAGGUGGGCAAUAGAGCAGGGAGUGUGUGUCAUCCCCAAGAGCUUUAAUAAAGGGAGGAUAACAGAAAAUUUUCAGGUUUUUGACUGGUGCUUAACUACAGAAGACCAUGCAAAAAUGAGCAAGCUUGAGCAGAGCAAGAAUAUGAAGGGAGAAGAUCUUGUAAACUCAACGACUAGCCCUUACAGAACCAUUGAAGAGCUAUGGGAUGGAGAGAUCUAAUGCCUGACCAUGAGUUUAUUGCAAUUUCAUAAUAUGUUUUCAUCUUCUGUUUAGUUAAGUAAAUAAAUUGAGCCUGAGGUUCAAUAAUCUGCAUUUCUUGCUUGAUAUCAUCAAUUCCAUCACCGAAAUAGACCAAUUGAAGUGAUUCCUUCCAUAGGAUGUUUGUAUCUCUAAAGUGUCACUUUAUUUGAUUAGAUCAAAUGGGGAGUUUUUAAAUUUUUAGGGUGUUAGAUAUGUUACUAUUUUCAGAAUUAAAAUGAGAUGUGCUUGCAAA